GCCAUGUGAGUGUGCUGGCAAGUUGUAGAUCAACUGUCUUCUCAAACUUGUGGACAGGAAGGAUAUUCUCUCCUCCUAUUUUAUUUUUAAUGGUUGUGAGCCAUGCCUUUGGUGAAGAGGAACAUCGAACCGCGGCACCUCUGCCGAGGAGCCCUGCCGGACGGAAUCACCAGUGAGCUGGAAUGUGUGACUAACAGCACCCUGGCUGCCAUCAUCCGGCAGCUCAGCAGCCUCAGCAAACAUGCCGAAGACAUAUUUGGUGAGUUGUUUAAUGAGGCCAACAGCUUUUACAUCAGAGCAAAUUCUCUUCAAGACAGGAUUGAUCGCCUUGCUGUCAAAGUUACCCAGCUGGAUUCAACAGUAGAAGAGGUAUCAUUGCAAGAUAUCAACAUGAAAAAAGCAUUUAAGAGCUCUACAGUUCAAGACCAGCAGGUAGUUUCAAAGAACAGCAUUCCUAAUCCAGUGGCUGAUAUUUAUAAUCAGAGUGACAAACCACCUCCUCUGAAUAUUCUUUCGCCUUAUAGGGAUGAUAAGAAAGAUGGAUUGAAGUUCUAUACUGAUCCCUCCUAUUUUUUUGAUCUUUGGAAAGAAAAAAUGUUACAAGAUACUGAAGAUAAGCGGAAAGAGAAGAGGAGACAGAAGGAGCAAAAACGUAUAGAUGGCACCACUCGUGAGGUGAAAAAGGUUAGAAAAGCCAGGAACAGACGCCAGGAGUGGAAUAUGAUGGCGUAUGACAAAGAGCUUAGACCUGACCACAGGUUGUCCCAGAGUGUGUACCACGGAGCAUCUUCCGAGGGAUCCGUGUCCCCAGAUACUAGGUCCCAUGCCUCUGAUGUUACCGAUUAUUCGUACCCCGCCACUCCGAAUCACUCCCUGCAUCAGCAGAUGGCCCUGCCUGCCUAUGGAGCAGGAGACGCUCCGCAGUACGCGGGAGCAGCGCCGAGCCACGAGCACGAGUACAGGCCGCCCUCGAGCACGGCCCGCCACGCCGCCUUGAACAGGCCUCAGCAGCCACCUCCACCUCCACCACAGCCCCCCGACGGCCAGCACAGCGCAGCCCCGCUGCUGCCGGCAGAGUACGGGAUGCUUCCAGCUCAGAUGGUGGAUUAUUACAGUCCUGCGGGCCCUCCUCCUCCUCCUCCUCCACCGAUGAUUCCCUCGGCACAAACUGCCUUCGUUAGUCCCCUCCAGCUCCCCGGGCCACCCUCCCACGCUGCGCUGGUGCCCGGCUCCACGUACGCCGCUCCUCAUCCUCCUCCUCCCGGCGGGCUGGUGGUCACAGCGCCUCCUCCUCCGGGCCCUCCUCCUCCUCCUCCGGGCCCCCCAGCUGCAGCUUCCUCUCUGUCCUCCUCCCCGCUGCACGUUGCUGCGGCUGCUGCCGAGGGGAAGCGGCUGGAACCGGCGCAGCCGCCCGUGAGCGACGCGCGGAGCGAUCUGCUGGCGGCCAUCCGCAUGGGAAUUCAGCUCAAAAAGGUGCAGGAGCAACGCGAGCAGGAAGCCAAGCGAGAACCCGUGGGAAACGACGUGGCCACCAUCCUGUCGCGGCGCAUCGCCGUGGAGUACAGCGACUCCGACGACGACUCCGAAUUUGACGAGAACGACUGGUCGGAUUGAAGCCCAGCACGAGGGCAGGGGCCACUGAGUGGGACACAGUCAGCGGCCACCUUAGCAAGGCGGAAAGCAGGACGUGGCCGUGCGUUAAGGCUGGGGGUUGAAGCAUUAAAAUUGAGCUGGUGUCAUUCAGACCGCUGUAGCUUAGCAGCUCUGGUGAAUAAUGAUGUGGUUUUGCUUGUGCAGAUUGGAAGCUUGUCUUACUUGCAGUAUUUACCACGUAAUACUUAAGUGCCACUAAAUGUAGCAAAUCUUGUGCUGCAUGCAAAAUAUGCUGCAGUUGUUGCACUGUUACAGAGCCAGCAUUUUAUUUUACUUCCCUGACCGAUAAGGUGUGAAGUGUUUUUUCUGACUUUGCAUCUUAUUCUUUUAAUUUUGCAAACAACUUMGGUUGCUUGUGAAGUGGUCUGGUUGUUGGUCUUGGAGGAGAGUUAACUAUAUGACUGAGUGUUGAGAUUCAUGAAAACAUGAUUUUUAGCUUUAUUUUUUUAGAUGUUAGGUAUGCCCACCAUAAAAUACAGUAGAUAGCAACGAAAUAGUUAGUCUAUUUUUAAUCACAUCUGGGCUUUUUAGCUUAGCUUAGGAAACAGGUUUGGAUUUGUAGAAUUUAACCUUUUUACUUAAACGUGUAGCUGAUGAUGAAAUGUAUGAAUCCACGUGAUUCCGGAGGGAUUUGUUUGUUUGCUUGAGCAGACUGGAAAAGUCUGGAGCAGUGACAGCUCUUGGGUGCUGGCUGCUCAGUAGGUAGAAUCCUGGAAGGUCUCAGGUAGGUAGYAAAUACAUGUCCACAUUACAAGUGAAUAUUAAAAUCCCUGUACAGCUUUUCAGUGUAGACCAGUUACUCUGCUCUUAGUAAAGAAGGAAAACCCAGGCAGGGCAGUUCUAGCGGUCAGAUGCAUUUCACAAGUAUUAAACUUGAUUCUUGUUCCUGUAGGUAUAAAUGUUGUGAAGAAGUUUUUGCUUGAUUUGUGUAUAUAUGAAGUCAUGAAGGAUCCUUUUCAGUUUUCUGUAGCACACUUCCUCAAAUUGCUGUUACUUUGAACAUUUUUCUCCACAUUACCUCCCCUUUAUGUAACAUUGGCAGUUAAAAAAAGCCUAACAGCUGUUUAGGCACAAUGCCAUAUAUGUCUAUGUGUGUGCAUAUGUAUCUAUACACACACUCUUCUUUUCUCUUCUCUAGCAGAAGUUACUGCCAUACUUUUGCUAUCUUUGUUUUCUUAAAAAAUAAUGAUUUUUUUUUGCAGUGCAGUAUCCAAAUGUUCUUUUUUCUUCUUGACUGUGAGUCAGGUUGCUGCUUUGCCUCAUGAGGCUUUUAAAAGUGUAUUCGUACAGGGGAGCAGAAUUCUUUCCUUACCAGAUGAACGUUUGAAUCUUUGGAAUAGAAGCCUGUGUAAUUCCAGGUCUAACAUUUGGUAAAGCUCCUUUGUUCUGCAAGGCCUGUUUUUAAAAAUAUAUUAAAUGAUAAUAAAAAAAAAGAAAGGAAUGGAAGAUCUAACCUCUGUUUACACAAUAAACAAUUUCAGUCCGGAGAAUAUAACCAGUCUAAUGCAGUAUUUGCAUACAAACUGUUGGCUACUCUAUUGCUGUUUAAUCUGCAUAUGUUAUUUCACUCUCUGACAGUUGUUUUUCUGGUAGUGUGGCAAAAUGCUUACCUCAAUGUUUGUGUUAAAGACCUGCCGUAUGGACGUGCAACCAAGCUCUGCAUAAUGGUGAGCAACUGCAGCUCUCAUUAGUGAGUGGCAGCUAAAGGUACUCAUCUCCUUUUGAGUUUGAUCUGCUUUUGUCUUUGCCUUAAAAUGCAGAGCUCAAUCCUGCUUUAUUUUCUGCACUGGAGUCUGAGAGGCAGCAAAGGGCAGAAUUCAGGAUAUAGCUUGGUGGUGGCUUUCCUCCAUGCACGAGGAAUGCUUUGCUGUGGUCAGGAUACACUGGCACACUGGCUCCCAGAAGGGUUUGUUGGAUAAAUCAGAUAAAAGUGGAACUCAGACUGCAGUGUUGCAUCGCUCUAUAGGUAGGUGGGGAGAGUACUCUCAGUGUCCUUCUGCUAUAUGCUGAAAUGAAAUAUCUCAGCAGAAAAAUUCUUUCUGUUCUACUGAAAUUUGAUACGAUAGAAGAUAUA